UUCCGGUGCACCCCUCUCUACCCAGGGCGUGCACCUAUCAAUGGCCUGACGUCACAAGUACCAACUGCGAAGAAGCAUCAUCAAUGCACCAAGUCUGUAUAACGCCAGCAUGCCGAAGCUGGUUGAAUCAGCAUCUGGCGGCCCAAGAAGUUGAAUUGCAACGAAGGGAGCGUAUUGUGCAUGAACUGCGUGCAGAGAAUGAGGAACUGAGGAAAGGGAAGCUGCAUGGCCAGGAUCGAAGUCCAUUGAAUAGGAAAACAACACACGUGAGCGCAGAUGAGCAUGUGCAGUGGAGGGGGGUUUGCUCCCCCAAUUCCGUCUUGAAUAUCGACCGCAGUGAUGCACGGCACGACUUUGAUGAUAAAGAACCACAAGGCAAAUAUCUAGGUGCCCAGCUCGAUAGCAACCAAGGGCCUGUGAAGGGCAUCAAUGUAAAAGAAAACCUAAGGAAUCCGCCAUCCCAGACAGCAGCUGGAAAUGUCGAACUACCUUCAGCAUCGAUGAUGGCUCAUGACCUGCCCCACUUUGACAGCCAGGAGGCAGAAGGAGCACGAACACAUCAUGAGGUUCUUCCAGGGGUGGAAAAGCCAUCAGCUCUAUCCAAGCACGAUGGUUGGAUCCAGGAGAUCGCGGGAGAAAGCUCAGACAAGCAAUUGCAGAGUGUGAAGGGCUCUCAUUCAAUGGGUGGCCAGGCUCUGGAAAUGGUCAGGGAGGAUUCAGCAACAGGGCGAAUGCAGGCAGCAGAGGUGGUUUCGGGAACUGGCACUGCUGUGAUCAGCACAGGGAUGAUGCACUCUGAUUCCCGGGAGCACUUGCCUCCGCCAUUACGAUCAUCCCGCGAUCUCAGUUCCUCAUUGAGAGAUGUAGGCAUGCCAAGUACACGCCCAUGGACUUCAAACGCAGUGAUGCAGUCUGUGAAAGAUCGCAAGUAUCCUGCUUCUCCAUACUCUCAGGUGGUGCCCAAAACUCCGAACCCACGAAAGAAACGAGGCAAGAAAAACGCUGAAUUACCCUCAGGACUAAUGCAAAAGUUGCACACCUCUGGCUCAAUCCAGCAUUCCGAACAGGCACGAAUGACAACAGAGGAGUGUAAGAGGGGGCAUGUGAGUACUGAGCUUGAGUACACAGGAGGAGUGGCAGGAGUAGGAGGAGUGGCUCUGAACAAGUUGGGUGAGGAGGUGGGAGGCGAUGCCACCAGAACCGAGUUGAGGCCCCGAAGCUUUGCCUUGGAGAUGAUGGAACAAGACUUCGUACUUGACAGUUCGGCUAUUGGGAAUUGGUCCGGGUCUAGUGCAGAGGCUGGACCUCCCAUACCCCAACGGUUAUCUGGCACACUAUCAGAACGCUACACUGGCAUGGUGGACCAUAUUGAAGGCUGUUUCCCUCACACUAUGAGAAUUGUCAGUGAUUUUUUUGCAAACAGGGUAGUUGAAAGCGAUAGGCCAGUGCAGGGUGAGAUGGACGGCAGUGAUGCUGCACAAGAUUUGCGCACAACAGGGGUAGUCACUUCCGCUGAUGCGGCAACUGAAAGUGUGGACGGCACUAAAACAAACGGAGGAGGAGUGGAGGUUGUGGUUAUCAGAGGUGGACUGCUGCAUGAUGACACGGUUCUUCAUAGUGAUGUUUUGGGUACCAGCACCGUGGAAGGAAGCAAGGGCAAUGCAGCAGAUGCCAAGAUGGCAGAGGUAACGGUUGAUAAUAUGGCAAGGAGGACUAUGGAGGACAGUGGCCUAAACCAGCGUAGUCAUGAUUCGGAAACCAUUCCUGAUAUUCCGAAGUCACAAAAGGAACUUGAGGAGGGGGGUAAGGGUGACCAUGGAGGUAGAGGACUGUACAAUGAAGACAGUACCGCAGUGGCAAGAUACCAAGUUCACAGUGCCUACAGCAAGAAGAAUGAGAGGGCUUCGAUUCCUUUGUGCUUGAGCAGCAUGUUCAAGAGUUUGACCUUGUCUCCAAAAGUGCAUGAAAAAGGUGCAGUCAAGCCACCGCAUUCAAGAUCAAUAAGGCUAACGGGCCAAUCACAGACUUCCAAUUUCAUUUAUCUUUCUGAAAACUCUGGUCCAGGACGAACCUCAAGGCCAUGGAUGGUGCACCAGUUCCUUCAAUGCAUGGCAGCUGCGAAUGUCAUCCUUCAGAGAGUUGGCAAAGUGAAGACGGGAACCUUCGUCCACAUGGCUCAGAAUGGUCAACUGCUCUGCAGCUGCAAAUUCCCAGGGGCUUAUUUCCUGGAAAUGAAGGGCCAAGUUCUUUGGAAAGGAAAGGUGGCGUUGAUACUCUCUGACAGCUGCAGUGUCGAUGAUUCCCCACAAGCGGAGUCAGAGGAAGCUGCAGAGCAUGAUUCCUUCAAGAAUCAGCGUUCUUCUUCUGGUGCAGCAGUGGUCUCCGAGACAUAUCCCACACAAAUUGGUUGACUGUAUUAACAGCAGGCAUUCACUAUUGAACAGGGCGCAGACGUUUUUGGCAAUCUGCUCAACUCCUCAAGGAUGCAGGCAUGGCUGCAUGUUGUCAAUUUCAGACCUGAGAACUGCAAAUGGUGGCACUUGGUUACCUUACCUUCUCCACACACAAAGUCAAGGCACCAACUUAACUUAACAAAGCAGUGUAAACACU